UAAAUUGGUUUUUAAAUAUUGUCCUGACAGAAACAUAACCCUGAAAAUCAUCAAUCAUAAUUUCAUUACGUAAUUUAUACCUAAUAUCUGGGUAUCUCCUCAGUAAAAAGUUUCAGUUGAUAGAAGUGAUUUAGAAUUUCGCUACGAUCCCAUAGAGUAAUAACCGAAGUCAUGGCUCUAAACUCGAAAGAUCUUGUUCAAGUCAACAAUGUUAUUAUAAACACUGGAAAUAUUCUGUCAUUGAACGAUAUUACUAAAAAAACUAUACAAAACCCUUCAGAAGAGCUGCUUGAAGCCAUCAAUAUCACUAUAAAAGAAUAUCAGAAUGGUCAAACACCCUCUCAACCAGAUCAACCUUUGAUUGUCAGUCGCCCCAAUGAUGACUCGGUAUCAAAAAUAUCAGAGCAUGAUUCCUCUGAUCUGAAAUUUGGCUUCAAAAUAUUUUUGACCUCGGAUGAUCCUGUAUUACUCAUUGAUUCUAUAGAAAAGGCAUUAAUCACUUUGAAUGUGGCAUCAGUUAACAAUGUUAUCAUAGCAUUUAUCGACAAGAGGAAUGAUAUUGGGGAAAUAAAAUCAGUAUGGACAGCACUUGAAGAUUAUGUUCUUCAGAAUAAAAUUAAUAAAAUUGGUAUAGCAGAUGUAGAGGAGGAAAUUUUCAGGAGUUUAUUUGAAUGGUCAAAUGUGAAGCCAAGUAUUAUACAAAUUAACUUAUCAACUUGCUGUGUUGUACCCCCCUCCCUGCAAAGUUUUUGUAAGGAACAUGAUAUACAGUUGUUGACUCAUAGUGAUCCCACAGAUAUCUUGCCCAAAACAUCUUUGGACGUAGUUCUAGGGAAGGAAUAUUUGCUCAAAUGGGUUGUUAGGUUUUUAGUUCAUAUAAAAUGUAGAGGAGUAUUAACUACAAAAGGGUAUCUUCUCAGCCUUGGUAAAUAGUAAACAUUCCACUAUUGAAAUGCAUUUAUUUUUUUACUGUUUUAUUAUUUUAUUUUAUACAUAACUGAUAUCAAAGGAGUAAUUUGAUAAGGUAUGCAACAACUUUUUUGUACUUAAAAAUUGUUUUUACCCCUAUAAGAGAAAUUUUAUCGACUAUUGUCACAAUUAUAUUUACAAAAGUGUUUGUUACUGUUGUAUGCAAUACAAAUUUUAUUGAUAUAAAAUUCCUGUUUUCGUAUUAUUUAUAUUUGAAAUUGUAUGUGUUCCACUGUUUUUUUUCACAUAACAAAAUGUGUAUAAUACAAUCCAACAGGAACAGAAGUUCUUGUUGAAUAAUUUCCAUUCGGAAGGAAUUUUGAAAAUAAUAUUGAAAUAAAGCAUAUUUAAAAUAUCUCAAA